AUGGUGGUCAACAUCUUGGACGGGGAGAUCGAAGAGGGCGCCCGACAGAAUAGGUGGACUCUCAUCUGUGGGUUUCCAUCCAAUGUGGAGUCUCUUGUCGAGUUCGAGAGAAAGGUCAGCCUUGUCUUGCCUCCGUCCGAGCUUUGCUUACCCCGUGAUUUGGAACAAGUUGUGAUCUUCGAAGGUGACAAGUACUUUCCCAUACCUGCCUGUUUCCUGCAAUGCGUGUGUGGCGACCUCAUCCUCGCGCUUGACAGCACGGAAGAGCUCGACGAUGCCCCGCACCGCAAGGGUCACGCUGUGGGCGUUCUACCGGUCUGCGAUGUCGGCUUCUCGCACUCCUUGCAACGUUUGAUGGUACCGGCAACAGGGAGCUCGGCGGCGGCAACAGAUCCAGCUGCACCCCAUGAGCGGUUCGCCGGGUCUCCCUUAAGAACACUGGGAGAGGUGGAGCCAUCCUCAUCUUUCCACGCAGCAACGCUCGAGAGCGGAGGCUGUGGUUUUGCCAAGGGCUGCCGUAGAUGA